AUGCCCAACGCUUCUUCCUGGAGUGCGAGCUCGCCUCUGCUGCUGCUCUGGGAGGACUCCUCCGGGACCCGCAUCUUCCUGUCGCUGCUCUACGCAGUCUUAGCUAUCUCAGGGACCUUAUCCAAUGUGAUGGUCAUCUAUUUAGUCUUCUCCUUCAAGAAACUGCAGACAACCAGCAAUGCCUUCAUUGUGAACGGCUGCGCGGCCGACCUAAGCGUGUGCGCCCUGUGGAUGCCCCAGGAGGCUGUGCUGGGGCUGCUGCCUCCCAACUCCUCCUCCCUUCGCUCGGCCGAGUACCGGCUGCUCCGAGGGGGGCUCCUGGGCCUCGGCCUCACCGUCUCCCUGGCCUCUCACCUGCUGGUGGCCUUCAACAGGUACGUGCUCAUCACCAAGCUGCCCAGCGUGUAUCAGGCCCUGUACCAGCGGAGGCACACGGGCUGCAUGAUCGCGCUGUCCUGGGCGCUCGCCCUGCUCCUGGUGCCGCUGCUGCCCGGGCUCUGGACGUCGGGCUCUACCCAGCAGCCGCCCCCGCGGCAGACGGACGGCGGCUCUCGCUACACCGCCCUGCUCCUCGCCUUGGCCGUGCUGGGCCAGACCGCGCUGCUGCUGCACUGCUACCUCGGCAUCGUGCGGCGGGUGCGGGGCAGCGCCAAGCGGGUCAGCGUCCUCAACUUCCACCUGCUGCACCAGCUGCCCUUCCCCGCCGCGCCGCCGCCGCCCCGCCGCGCCCAGCGCCGCCUCAGCAGCGUCUCCGUGCUGCUGCUCUGCUGCGUCUUCCUGCUGGGCACCCAGCCGCUGGUGUGGGUCAGCCUCCUGGGCUUCUUCCUGCGGCCGGCGCCGCCGGCGCUGCAGGCUGCCAGCUGGCUGCUGCUCUGCGCCCUCUCGGCGCUCAACCCCCUGCUCUACACGUGGCGCAGCGAGGAGUUCCGCCGGGCGGCCCGCUCCGUGCUGCCCCGCGCCGACGGCCCGGCCGCCGCCGCCCCGCGCCCCGCCGCCGCCGCCGCCGCCGGCCCCGCGCCCGCCCCGCCCUGCCCGCAGCUGCCGCGGCGCCGGGGGACGCUGGGCAGCGCCGGAGCCGCCGACGGGCCGCGCUGA